CGUUGAGUUGUUCUUCGUUAAACCCAGUGGUUGACGGGUUUAUUGGGUUUAUUGUUUACUUUUUGUGGAGAAGUGAAAAAUCUGUGAAAAUUGAGUGAAAAGAGGGUGUUUGUUGGAAAAUCAUGGCUCUGUACGAUGAUUUGGAUACAAAGCAACGACCUGACCAGAUAGAUGGAUGGUCAUCAGGGAUAAAAUUGCUGCAGACGCAGUUAGCAGUGAAGAAGGCUGCUGUCAAUGUCCCACCGCGGAAUAUCCCCCGGAAAGCCACAACUCUUGCCCCAGUGAUUGAUCUGAAGGGUAAGAAGGACAAUCCUGAUGAUAUUUUCAAGCCACAGAGUGAGGUGCUGCGGCUACAGCCGCCUCAGGUCAAGAGUACGCCCAAGAGCACUUUUGUCCCAGCAACAGCUCCCACUCCGGAAACCCUGCUACGGGAAUCCACGUCGGAGGAAGUUGAGUGGAAUGUGGUGGAUGAAUAUGAUCCCAUGUGGCCCAAUGAGUACGAGAAGCUGGUGAAGGACAAGCGGGACAAGGAGAGGGAGAAGUUACGGGAGCGGGAAGAGAGGAAGCGCGAGGAGAGAAACACAAAACGAAGAGUUCCAGGAGUUGCAAGAUUGGGAGAGGAUGGUUCGCCGCCAGUGAAGUAUAUGGGCUUUGGAGGGAGACCGGCUGUUCAUUCUGACGACGAGGAGAGCUACAGUAAGUCUCCGCCAAGUGCUGGAAGGGCAUCAAUGGGAGCAGCAAUUGCUCCACCACCUUCGCUCCAGGAGAACAGCACGGUGGUGUCUGAGAAGUCAGCCCUGGCCAAUGUGGCUGCAUAUGGAAGUAGCAGUGUUGCGGCAAAGAUAAUGGCAAAGUAUGGCUUCAAGGAUGGCCAGGGAUUGGGCAAGCAGGAACAAGGAAUGGCAGUUGCUCUUCAGGUUGAGAAAACCUCCAAGCGUGGCGGACGAAUUAUCCACGAGAAGGAAUUCAUGAUGCCCCCACCGACAGUUCCCAGUCCGCCUCCACAGACGUCAGAGCCCAGCAUCACGGAAAUCAUGAAGUCACCCAGCAAAGUCGUCCUCCUGCGCAAUAUGGUUGGUCCUGGAGAUGUGGAUUCCGAACUCGAGCCCGAAGUCAAAGAUGAAUGCAACACAAAGUACGGAGAUGUCGUCACAGUGGUAAUCCAUGAGAUCCCUGAUGUCAAUCCCGAGGAAGCUGUUCGGAUAUUUGUGGAAUUCAAGAGGAUUGAGAGUGCCAUUAAGGCUGUAGUAGACCUCAAUGGACGAUUCUUCGGCGGGAGACAAGUAAAAGCUGGAUUUUAUGAUUUUGAAAAAUUCCAAAAUCUCCAACUUCUCGGCUAAGAACUAAAAACAUCCACGCCUCAAAAUGUAAUUUAAAUUCUUUAUUCUCUUAUUUUGAAAAUCGAACAUUGACAUAGAAUAAAUAAACUACCAAUAUAUCCUCUAAA